CCGCCGGCCCACCUGGCGCAGCGCCGCCCUCGGAGCCCGCGCACACCCGCGCACCCGCGGCCGCAGGAGGCCCCAGCGACGCCGCCGCGCCAGCUCCCAGGGCCCGGCCCGCCCCGGCGCUCACGCUCUCGGGGCGGACUCCAGGCCCUCCGCGCCCUCCCGCGCGGCGAUGGCCCCGCUCGGAUACUUCUUACUUCUCUGCAGCCUGAAGCAGGUUCUGGGCAGCUACCCGAUCUGGUGGUCACUGGCGGUCGGGCCGCAGUACUCCUCCCUGGGCUCGCAGCCCAUCCUGUGUGCCAGCAUCCCGGGCCUGGUCCCCAAGCAGCUGCGCUUCUGCAGGAACUACGUGGAGAUCAUGCCCAGCGUGGCCGAGGGCAUCAAGAUCAGCAUCCAGGAGUGCCAGCACCAGUUCCGAGGUCGCCGGUGGAACUGCACCACCGUCCACGACAGCCUGGCCAUCUUUGGACCCGUGCUGGACAAAGCGACCCGGGAGUCAGCCUUUGUCCACGCCAUUGCCUCAGCCGGUGUGGCCUUCGCGGUGACACGCUCAUGUGCAGAGGGCACGGCCGCCAUCUGUGGCUGCAGCAGCCGCCACCAGGGCUCACCAGGCAAGGACUGGAAGUGGGGUGGCUGCAGUGAGGACACCGAGUUUGGUGGGAUGGUGUCUCGGGAAUUCGCCGAUGCCCGGGAGAACCGGCCAGAUGCCCGCUCAGCCAUGAACCGCCACAACAACGAGGCUGGGCGCCAGGCCAUCUCCAGCCACAUGCAUCUCAAGUGCAAGUGCCACGGGCUGUCGGGCAGCUGCGAGGUGAAGACAUGCUGGUGGUCGCAGCCCGACUUCCGCGCCAUCGGCGACUUCCUCAAGGACAAGUACGACAGCGCCUCGGAAAUGGUGGUAGAGAAGCACCGGGAGUCCCGCGGCUGGGUGGAGACCCUGCGGCCGCGCUACACCUACUUCAAGGUGCCCACGGAGCGCGACCUGGUCUACUACGAAGCGUCGCCCAACUUCUGCGAGCCCAACCCCGAGACGGGCUCCUUCGGCACGCGCGACCGCACCUGCAACGUCAGCUCGCACGGCAUCGACGGCUGCGACCUGCUGUGCUGCGGCCGCGGUCACAACGCGCGCGCGGAGCGGCGCCGGGAGAAGUGCCGCUGUGUGUUCCACUGGUGCUGCUACGUCAGCUGCCAGGAGUGCACGCGCGUCUACGACGUGCACACCUGCAAGUAGGCGCCGCCCGCGCCCCCCCCCGGACCGUGCGGGCCCUGCCUGGGGUGGGCUUUUCCCUGGGUGGAGCCAGACACUCAGCAAACGGGACUGGGCAGGGCUCCUCCCUGGGGGCGGGGCUCCUCCCUGGGGGCGGGGCUCCUCCUUUAGGAGGCGGAGCUCCAGGAUGAGGCAGGGCUCUGCAUAGGCUUUUCCCUGGGGUCUCCGGGUUGGGGGGAACACGGCCACUCCCGCGGGGACAAGGCACCUCCCAUUGGGGAGUGGCUCUUGGAGGGCGGGGCACUUGGUAGGCUUCUACCAGCACGUGGGGGUUCUUCUGAAGGAGGCGGGGCUCUGGGAUAGGCUCCUCCCUGGGGGCGGAGCUCUUCCCUGGGAGCACUGUUCCAUGGUGGGCGGAACUUCUGUCUGAUGAGGCAGAGCUUCUCCUGACCCGGGCGCGGCCCAUUCCACGCAGACUGUGACUCUGGGUGGGCGUGACCUGCAUAGGCUCCUCCCUGUGGGUGGGGCUCCGGGAAAAGGCUCCGACGGGGGCGGAGCUUCCGUCCGCCGGUGGGGUUCUUCCCUGGGAGCCGCCCUCUUGAUUAAGGCGUGGCUACUGCAGGAUUCCGGGCUCCAGAGCAGAGAAUUCAGCCCACCAGCCCCCUUCUCCCCAACCCGCUGUAAGGUUCCAUCCACCCCUGUGUAGAGCCGGGAAUGUUCCCUGAAGCGAGUCGGGUCCCCAGCCCGUGACUCUGAGAUCCGAGGGCCCCUCUCCAAGCGCCUGGCUUUGGAAUGCUUCCGGCCCGCGGAGGCCUGUGCCACCCCUUCGUCGGCCUGGGAUUUGACCACCCACCCGACCAGGAGCCCUACUGGGGAUAGCCUGCAGCGUCCUGGGAGAGGACGGGGCUUCGUGGGGGCAAGUGAUCGAGGCCCUCUCACAGAGGCCCCCCCCCCCCGCCCGGCCUCCCACGCCGCGGGCCCUCCUCCCAGGGAGCCGGCCUGCUGCGCCCCAGGUCCCGCCCGGCCCUGCGCUGCUCAGCUGCGCCCCCUUCUUUGCAGCUGUCCGGCUCCUCCUCCCUGCCCUCGGGUCUCCCCACCUGCACUUCAUCCAGCUACAGGAGAGAUCAAAGCCUCCGGUCCCAUACCUCCCUUUCCUCCGUCUGCCCACAGCCCCUCAUAAGGGAAAGAUAGAAAGAGGGGUCCAGCCCCCCAGGCUGCCCAGAGCUGUUGGUCUCACUUGGGAGGUUUGGGGGUAUUAACCCCCCACUGUGCUGCUCGCGGAGGUCCCACAGCCCUGAGAUGGGCUGGCCUCCUUCCCUGCCCCUGUGGCAGGACUGGAGCAAAGGUCCGCUUUCCUGGAGCCAAUGGCCUGGUCCCUCCUGAUGCAUCCAGAAUGAAUGGGAGGCCACUGAACCCAACCGGCCCAUAUCCCUGGCCUCCCUAUGGCCAGCGCCGCUCAGCCUCUGCCACUGUGAACCGGCUCCCACCCUCGAGGUGCCGGGAGCAGACGCGACCAGGCGGGGCGCCCCAAGAGCCCAGAAGAGGGGACGCCACCAUCCUCUGCCUCAGAUUCUGUGUUUUUGGUUGUAAUGUAUCUGAUGCUGCUAUAUCCACUGUCCACUGGAGUUAGAUGAAUAGAUGUGUUGUGUUUUGGCGUU